GGAAGCGCCGGAGUCGCGCUGGAGAGAGAGAGAGGAGCGGAGAGAGAAGAGAAGCACCUUCUAUUUUCUAAUCUGCAAAACAAGUUAAUCUGCAAAACAAAGAUACGAAAAAAAGUACUCAACAGCUCACUAUAAGUCUCCAUUUUGUUUCAUAUCCUUAAUGAACAGACCCCACCGUCUUCUUCACAUCACAAGCCCACGAAAUGAGCUUCAUAUUUAAAAUUAAAAAAGAAAAGAAAAAAGAGUAGCUGAUAAAAACACAAAGCAAGUUAAUUAAGAAAGCAAUUUAUCAUCGAUUUGGCAAAUGCAAUGAGUAUAGAUAUGUCGUCCAAUCUCCCCCCUUCUCAGCCCAGAGAUCUUUUCGCCUCUGCUCCAGCUCUCUCACUCUCUCUUGCUGGUAUUUUCCAAGGUGGCGGAGGCGAGGUGGAGGAGGGGGAGGGCGGGAUCGGCGGCGACGCAGUGGAGAUAAGCAGCGAGAAUUCCGGCGCCGGCAAGUCGCGGUCGGACGACUACUACGAGUUGGCAGCGGAGGGAUUAAUGGAUGAUGAAGAUGAAGAUGAAAAUGACGGCGGCGGCGGCAAGAAGAGGAAGAGGAAGAAAUAUCACAGACACACACCCCAACAGAUUCGAGAAAUGGAAGCGUAUGUUUCUCUCUUUAGUCUCCUCCACACACACACACAUGUGUAUGUGUGAAAAUUACAUUCACCAUUUUCAAGUUCGUAUUAAUUUAUGUUUGUAAUUUCUAGCAUGUUCCAUUUUUAUUUGAGAUAUAUGAUGAAUAUGGCCGGAGAAAUCAAAGGAGUAGAUUAACGGCUUAAAGAAAUAAUCAAACAAAGUUAAUUGUGAUGUCA